AUGUUACCUCCGGUCGAGGAAUCGGUUUUGCAGAGCUACCCUAGGUUCGCAGAUCUAUAUAAGAAACUUGCGACUGAUAUUCUUAAUCCGAAUGGUUCUACCAAAAAUCAUCCUGCGCAAAAAGAGCGGGAUGCUGUUUCUGCGGCAUUAAAGACCACCAGAAUAGAGGCCGCGAAAUCGCAGAUCUUAAUAUCCUCUCUAUCCUCCCUCGAUCUCUCACCACCCCCUCCCAUCCCCGCCAAACCACGAACCCGCACCUCGCAAGCCGCGCCCUCCAGAAAAGCCGUCGAGCUGCCAGACGAGCUAGUCCAACUCAUCAUCCUACUUACCGCCAAACUCUCACUACCAUCAAGCUCCAUAUCCCAAACAAAGACCACCCUCCUAGAAUCCACCCCUACAUACCAUUCUCUGCCCACGCACCUCCCCCAGCUCUGCACGCUGCUUAGCACGCACCUCCACAACACCGCACUCUCCCUCUCGCGCAUCCUAUCCCCCACCACCAACUCCUCCUUCCUGCACCGCCAAAUCCCCACUCUACUUUCCACCACCAACUCCCUACAAACCUCGCUGCUCAGCCAAUCCCACACCCUCUCUCUCUCCCGCAUCACCAUAAUAAACACCACCACCCAACUCCUCAAAUCCUACCACCACGCCACCACCCUCAUAAUCCAACUCCUCGAGCGCUCCAAACACGGCCCCCUAACCCGGCACACCACCACGAAAAUCACACACCUCUCCCUCCAAUCCCGCAGCAUCUUGCACGAACUCCAACUUAAAUACCUACAAGGCGAGAAAAUCAUCUACGACGAACGAGCAAUGGAUGCGCUACAGAAUUACAUGAGGGAAUUGCGUGGGGGGAGAGAGAGGUUAAAGGAGAGGGUGAAGUUGAAGGAGAGAGAUUUAUGGGGGUAUGGGGUGGGCAGGGAAGAUGAUCGGAAGGAGAGGCAGAUGAGGGAGAUUGCGAGGGUGUUUGGAGAGUUGAAACAGGAGGUGGGGGAGGUGAGGAGGGAUGUGGAAAGGUUGAUGGAAAGUUGA